GCUGUCCACCACCGCAGCAUCAUCUGGGUGCUGGACAAGACCGCAGGGGACAACAUCUUCGACAAGUACGAGUUUGGCAAGGAAUUGGGGCGAGGGGAGUUUGGAAUUACCCACAGAUGCACCCACCGGGAGACGGGGGAGUUGCUUGCGUGCAAGAAGAUAUCGAAGAGCAAGCUGAAGACGGAGAUUGACGUCGAGGAUGUGAGGAGGGAGGCUGAGAUCAUGCGCCGUUUGCCGAAGCAUCCGAAUAUUGUCAGCUUCAAAGAGGCUUAUGAGGACAAAGAGGCAGUUUAUCUCGUCAUGGAGCUUUGUGAGGGCGGCGAGCUCUUCGAUAGGAUUGUGGCGAAAGGGCAUUACACAGAGCGCGCUGCUGCCACUGUCACCAGGACAAUUCUUGAGAUUUGCAAGGUAUGCCACCAGAAUGGAGUGAUACAUCGGGACCUGAAACCGGAGAAUUUCCUGUUUACAGAUAGCAGUGAAAAUGCUCAGUUAAAGGCAAUUGAUUUUGGCCUUUCUAUAUUUUUUGAGAAAGGUCAGAGAUUCAGUGAAAUUGUUGGAAGUCCAUAUUACAUGGCUCCGGAGGUCUUACGGCGCAAUUACGGGCCUGAAGUUGAUGUUUGGAGUUCAGGGGUUAUCCUUUAUAUCCUACUUUGUGGAGUUCCACCAUUUUGGGCAGAAUCUGAGGAAGGAAUUGCACAGGCAAUCGUUCGGGGUAGCAUAGAUUUCGAGAGGGAGACAUGGAAAAAGGUUUCUGAGGAAGCAAAAGAACUAGUGAAGAGAAUGCUUGAUCCAAAUCCUUUCAACAGGCUUGGAGUUGAAGAAGUCCUUG